AUGAUACUAAGAUCUCUAGCGCUGGCGCUCUGCCUAUCCAGCGUGCCCUACGCCACAGCACUCUCCACCUCUGAUAUCCCUUCAGACACACCUGUAUCACAGCUCAUCUCGAGCGCGAACGCAAACCUCGCACAAGGCAAUGCACAAGAUGCAUUGACUUACUUCGACCUUGCGAUCCAGAAGGACCCCAGCAACUACCUAACCAUCUUCAAGCGUGGAGCCACAUACCUAUCCCUUGGUCGCAAUGUGCAGGCCAGUCGAGACUUUGACCAAGUGCUUACGCUCAAGCCUGGGUUUGAGGGGGCAUUGACGCAGCGUGCCAAGAUCAAGAGUCGCAAUGCGGACUGGGCAGGUGCGAGGCAGGACUAUGUGACGGCGGGCAAGACUGAGUCGCAAGAACUGGCCGACCUGGAUGAGGCCGAGGGUGCUGCGAAAUUGGCAGCAGAUGCCGAGAAGGCAGGUGAUUGGGAGACAUGUGUGGCACAAGCUGGGACCGCCAUCUUUAUUGCGGGAACAGCACUGGAGCUACGGCAGCGAAGAGCUAGAUGCAGAUUCGAGAAAGGCGAGGUGCUGGAGGGAGUGUCAGAUCUGAAUCAUGUGCUGCAGAUCAACACGGGCUUGACGGAGCCACAUCUCCAGAUCGCAGCCAUGACGUUCUAUUCGAUGGGCGAGACAGAUAAGGGCCUCACAGCGAUCUCGAAGUGUCUACACAAUGAUCCGGACAACAAGGCAUGUGCCAAGCUUCGCAAGUCACAAAAGGCCAUCGAUCGGACGCUCAAAAAGUUCAACCAGCUGUUCGAGAAGCGCCAGUAUGCUUCAGCGGUGAAGUUGCUAGUUCCGCAGGCUGAGGAUCCUGGUCUACUCCAAGAGGUGAAGGACGAUGUCAAGGCCUGGAGAGACACAGGCUACAUCCACGCUAAAGCUGGUGAUGGUCUUUAUGCUAGUCUGAUCGAGAAAACAUGCGAGGCCUACACAGAGAUGAACAACGCGAAGAAAGCCCAAGACUACUGCGAAGAAGCACUCCAACAUAACCCAACAUGUCUCCCAGCUCUGAUAAGCAAAGCACAACGCCUCAUCGACGCCGACGAAUUCGACCAAGCAAUUGCUCAACUCAACACCGCCAAGGACGCCCACGGCAUGACGCAGAAACUGCAAGAACUCCUCCAAAAAGCACAAACUCUACUCAAACGCUCCAAGCAAAAGGACUACUACAAAGUCUUAGGCGUCACCCGCGAUGCCGACGAACGCGACAUCAAGAAAGCUUGGAGGAAACUUUCUAUCGCACAUCACCCAGACAAAGCGGCGAAGAACGGUAUCCCGGCCGAGGAGGCCCAGAAGAAAAUGGCGAGUAUCAAUGAGGCGUACGAGGUUCUCUCGGAUUCGGAGUUGAAGGCGAGGUUCGAUAGGGGUGAGGAUCCGAAUGACCCUAUGGCUGGACAGCAGCCUUUCACUGGUUCACCAUUCGGACAGGGUCCUGGUGGGCAACCGGUGUUCUUCCAGCAGAGGCAUGGUGGUGGUGGUGGAGGCGGGAGUUUCAAGUUCCAGGGUGGGUUUCCUGGUGGGUUUCCAUUUGGUUGA